AUGUCUUCUUAUUUUGGGUUGCCUGACCCAACAUUUCAGAAAAAAUCUACCUCACCCAACAAUAACAAUUUAAAUCCAGACGUUUCCAAUUUUUUUGGUACAAGUAGUUCCGGUUCGUCAAAUAAUUUAGGUGAUGAAAGCGCAUAUGAUACUUUAGAAGAAUACAUUAAUUUGGCAAAUCUUUUUGGUACACUAAGAGAUAGAUCAAAUAGUAGAGCUAAUGAUAGUAAUCAAGAAUUCUUAGAUAACUUGAUUUCACAAUUAUUGGAAGAAGCCAAUGCAAGUUGUCGUCAUGAAGUGGAUUCCGAUGAUCCGGCUUGGAGAAAAAAGCAAUUGGAGUUACAAAGAGCUCAAGACUCUGAAGAAGAAGAUCAGGAUUGGAU